AUGGCGCUGAGGCCCCUGGCCAGUGGCCUCUUGGGGGCUGGGUUUGGGGCUGCAGCGCGAGAGGGUUUCCCUGCAGCAGCAGCAGCAGCUGCUGCUGCUGCUGCUGCUGCUGCUCCCGCUGCUGCUGCUGCUGCUGCUGCUGCUGCAGGGGCGCAGCCACUCGGCUGCUUGCCUAAGGGCCAAAAUAGGGGCCUCAGCAUCUGGAGCGCCUUGAAGUCCUGGGGCCCCACAAAGGCAGCUGAGAAGCCUUCAGCAGCUAAUGAGCAGCAGCAGCAGCAGCAGCAGCAGCAGCAGCAGCAAGGUGCUGCAGCGUUCGGGGCGCAGCAAGCCCCCAGCCGUGUGCCUGACCCCGGAGCAUCCGCAGGUGACGCAGCAGCAGCAGCAGCAGCAACAGCAGCAGCAGCAGCAGCAGCAGCAGCAGAGGUUCCGUUUAAUGUGAUUCAAUCAAGUUUUGCCCGAAAGGGGCCCCCAGGGGGCCCCCCGGGAGUGCUGCUGCAGUCCGCAGCAGCAGCAAAACCCCUCACGCCCCGCAAGCCCAGGGGCCCCUUCAAGGGGGGCCCCUACAAGGGGGGGCCCCCCGUGUGGCGUGCUGCUGCUGGCUGCUGGGAGCCGCUGUCUGCUGCUGCGCUGCAGCAGCAGCUGCAUGCAAUUUUUGCUGCUGCUCCAGUCCGAAGGCAAGAGAGAAGGCGCUGCAGCUUUAUUCCUUUUGAGAGGGUCACUUACAAGCCCUUGGGGCCCCUGCUGACGCGUUUGUCCAAGUGCGAGCUGCUUCUUGCUGCUGCUGCUGCUGCUGCUGCUGCUGCUGCUGCUGCUGCUGAGGCUGCUCCUGGGGCUGCAGCGGGGGGCCGCGCGCCGGCGGCAGCAGCGCAGCAGCAGCAGCAGGCUGGGGCUGCUGCUGCGGCGAAGCAGCAGCCGCAGCAGCAGCAGCAGCCGCAGCAGGCGCCCGCCGCUGCAGCAGCAGCAACGCAGCAACAGCAGCAGCAGCAGCAGCAGCAGCAGCAGCAGCAGCAGCAGGCGCUGCUGGCGCAGCUACUGGACUUCUACAGCACUGGGGGCUGGGACUGCCACUUGGGGGCCCCCCAAAGACUUCUUGCUGCUGGAGGGGUUAGGGUACUAAACCCUAGUAGGACCCGGGGGGCCCCCGAGGGGGCCCCCCCCGACAUCACAAGGGACCAGUUCUUCUCCUUCGCAAAGGUUAGGGUUUAG